GAGCAUUUCUAGACAUAGAAGGAGCAUUUGAUAAUGUCUCGUUUACAUCAAUAAUGGAUGCGGCACUACUUCAUGGAGUGCCUAGUGUUAUAACUAACUGGAUUAGCGCAAUGCUAAGUAACAGGAAUCUUCGUUCGUCUUUAAGACAGGCUUCAAUAACAAAAGUUAGCACACGUGGUUGCCCACAGGGAGGUGUACUAUCACCUCUUUUGUGGAACCUAGUUGCAGACGGCUUGUUGAGAAAACUCAAUGACCGUGGAAUACCAACCUAUGGAUUCGCAGAUGAUUAUCUUCUGCUGGUAAGAGGUUUGUGCAUAAGCACAUUAUUUGAUAUAAUGCAACAAGCUCUGCGCUCUGUUGAACGAUGGUGUUCUCAUGUUGAACUUUCAGUUAAUCCUCUAAAAACUAAUAUUGUUUUGUUUACUAAAAAACGUAUCACCCGCGGGGUGCGCCCUCUGCUGUUUUAUGGUUCCGAAAUCACCGUGUCUGAUCAAGUUAAAUAUUUGGGUGUCAUUCUUGACUCCAAAUUAAACUGGUCAGAUCACAUCGAAUUCAGAACCAAAAAAGCAUGCAUGGCCUUCGGACAAUGCCGACGUGCAAUCGGGAAAAACUGGGGACUCAAACCCAAACAUAUUCACUGGAUUUACUCCACAAUAGUAAGACCAAUUCUGGCCUAUGGGUGUCUAGUGUGGUGGCAGAAAGGAGAAGUUGCAACAGUUCGGACUAAACUAAAUCACCUUCAAAGAAUGUGUCUUUUGGGGAUGUCCGGAUCGUUCACUACAACUCCUACUGCAGCACUAGAGGCUCUGUUUUCUAUCAAACCUCUAGACUUGUUCCUAAAACAGGAAGCCUUCUCAUGUGCUUUUCGUCUACAGGCAGUUGGUCUCUGGCUGUCAGGAAAUAUCGAAAGAUCAUCGAGUUAUACAAAUGUGUGGCCUGAAUUAGUUAGAUUAAACAAGUUUAAUCUAGCGCCAAACGAUUUAACACUCUCGAGUAGUUUUCCCUACAUGGGGUUUAAAGUCAAAUUUCCUUCUCCUCAAGAAUGGUUAUCAGGUUUCGUAGAGGACCAAAUGUCCUCUCAUAUUGUAUUCUAUACUGACGGUUCAUUAUCAAACGGCCGUGCAGGUGCAGGAAUUUACUGCCACGAGUUGAACAUAGAACAUGCUCAACCUCUAGGUAAAUAUUGUACAGUCUUUCAGGCUGAGCUAUAUGCUAUUAUGUACGGAGUGCAAAUUGCACUUCAAAAGAAGAUUAUGUUCAGAACCAUUUAUUUCUGUUCAGAUAGCCAAGCAGCUAUCAAAUCACUCAGUGCUUCCAGUUCUAGAUCAAAACUGGUAAUCGCAUGCCGUAAAGCAAUCGAAGAACUUGCUGAAGGCAAUGGAUUAAACCUUCUAUGGGUACCCGGACAUAAGGGAAUUUUUGGAAACGAAUGCGCCGACGAACUCGCUAGAGCUGGGUCGGAAAAGGAAUUUUACGGACCAGAGCCGGCUGUCCCAAUAUCACCAUGUUGGUUCAGAAACCAAAUUCAAACUUGGUCCUCUAACCAGCAUGAACGAUACUGGGAAGAGUUGGACACUUGUCGUCAAACUAAAUUAUUUUUAGAAAAACCAUCUCCAAUCAUAUCAAGUUACUUAUUAACUUUAAAUAAAUCUCAUUGCAGCAUCUUGAUCAGAGCACUCUCCGGUCAUUGCAAACUCAACUAUCACAUGCACAACAUUCAGCGUGCUGAAUCUCCAGUAUGUGGAAGUUGUGAAUCAGAUGUGGAAGAUCCCUUCCAUCUUAUAUGUAACUGUCCCUCAUUUGCCAGACUACGUUUUCGUACUCUGGGAUCUUACGCUUUAAGCGAAUCUGAGUUUAAGAAAUUAAACUUAAAAAACAUUCUAUCAUUCCUUACCGAAUGUAGAAAAGAGCUUUAAUGCUAAUAAUCCCUAGUGGAAAGGUCUUAUGCCAUCUUAAAUAGAUUGAAUUUAUUUCUUCCUUUUAUAGGAUUUUCAGGUUUCUCAGGUAAAUGAUGAAAUCUUGGAUAAAAAAAAGGCUAGGCACAAUUUUCCCGUAUGUUUGGAUAACGUGCCGCUAUUAAGCCUACCCCCAUUCUGAUACCUGAUACCUGAUCCAUCAUACCAAGCAUACCAAUGUGUGCUAGAGUACUUUGAAGUUUAUGUGGCGAAACAUGAAAAACAAAGGACGGCUGCUACGGUUCCCGAGUCGUACCUUGCAGCAACAAGAGCCUGGAAAAGACAAAGCUGCUGGAAAUGCGGCUUCAGCUACACCUUCUUUGGUUGAAAAUACUGCUGCAGCAAAACUUCCAUCGGUGGCGGGAAGUUAACCUUUUCGCAACUCCAAGGUUAACGCAGGGGAGUUCUAGCUGCGAUGUAAACAGUGGCAUCAAAAGAAAAAAAACAAGUACGUAUAAAAAGAGCACAAGGAAUAUAGGCUCGUUAGUAACGCCAGCAACGGGGACUUCACCUUUUCGUCCUGCUUACCGGAUACCAAAACCAAUGCUUGGCCUGAUUUUCAUCCGGCUAAGGUGGAUGACACAAGAAUGUCUCUAAUUUUACAAGUUAAGGAACUGGAUCGAGUCAUGCCGAAUAAUACAGGAACUGGGAAACCUUAGGUGACCAAAUUUACCACUACUGAUAACUCGCCGUAAGGAGUUAAAAUAUUCAGUGAACACCUGAGAACCAGAAACGUUCGGUGACUGAAUGUAAUACUACUGGCUGCGGUGAUAUCAUCGAGGAAGGAAGUCAAG